CCCCCAUUCAUUCUUCUUGGCCGUCUCUCAAAAAAGACCCUGGGACCCCUCCAAAUACCCUAUUCGUUCAAGUCAAGUGUUACUCUAUUCAAGACCAAUCAAAUAAUCAAUCGAUCGAUCGAUCAUCCUUCCUGAUCCCCUCAUAUAAUUACUCCCACCCACUUCACUCCUACAUACCCAUACAUACCAUACCCUCCCAGACCAUACAGACCUCAUACCCAGAGACCAACCCGCAGGUCAACUACAUAACGCCCUCUAUAGCUUCCUUGCUAUAGGUAUACCAUCUGCACUCCCCCGAUUACCUAUCGUCUCCUUCCCCAUCCCAUCCGUCACCUGGGACAAGCCUAGCGAGCGAAUCUGGCGAUCGGCUUCAGAUCAGAUCUCAUCCAAGUGCAGAAUAUACCCCCCCUCUUCCCCCAAAACUCGGGCAUACUUCCUCGAAACCUCUCCAAUCAUCAUUGCCGGCUAAGGGCCUCGUUGGAACGGACAUUUCUUCUAUUAAGGGAUCCGCGGCCGAAAUAAUCCCCCACGAGUUCCGAUUAUCGACCUCGUCGUUAUCAAGGCAGCCUUGCGCCCCUCACAGCCAACAUCCACCCACUCGGAUCACCUGGGAUUUGUGGUUGCGCCAUAUCCACGAUCUUGGCUGAAGUGAAGCGCCAGUCGCCUUCAGAGAAUCUCCCUCCACUACCACCUACUUGAGCGCCAAAGCACGUUGAUAUGGAAGCGUAACAAGCAAGUUCACAGCGUAUCUAUAAAACAAGACAAUUCCGGGCCUAAUCUUCACUGCGACCAUAUAUUAUUAUAUCAUCAUAUAUUCCCACAAACCAAACAAUGGCAUCUGUUGCAACCAUGAACCCCGCAAAGGUCUGCGGACCGUAUUCCCUAGGAAGCCGCCCUCCACCCUCUCCAUACUCACAACCUCAGUCCGCGCAACCUAGCCCAUACUCCGUCUCCGGUUUAAUAUCACCUCCAAUCUCGAACGCAGCAGAGUCGAGGAGAACAUCCGACGACCCUGCCGAAUACGCUCCACAACAACGGCAAUCGCUGCCUUCGAUAUCAGAGGCGCUCUUCUCCAGAUCAAGCACACAAACCCCCUCGCAACCUCCAGCCGCAGCCCCAGCACCAUCACAGCAGUUCGCAAACCCGAAUCCCUUCGCCCACCCAUCUCCAACGCCUACUUCGCGGUCAUAUAGCAGCGAAGGACCACCCUAUUCGACACAGCAGCCGAACCACUCCCAAUACCCGCAAAGGCCCUCGCCACCACCUCUGCAACCGCCAUCCUCAUACCCCGGCUACAAUCACUUCAGCGCCCCAAACCCCGAUGCCCAAAGACACCAAUCUCUCCCAUCACUCCCAUCACUCCGCACCGCCCUACCCUCACAAACGAAUCCCUUCCCGGCGCGCCAGCCUGAGCAAGCCCGAUACGAGCAAGCCCCGCGCCCUGGGGAGCGCCCAGAGAACCACCUCCCGCGACGACACAACGAUCCAUAUUACGGCUACCCUACCGCCGAUUCGACGGGAUACACACCCGAGUACUCCGCGCAACCUCGCUCUCUCCCAUAUUACAAUGGCCAAGGCCAGCCCAACCGCGACGAGCCCAGGGGCAUAAAGCGCGACUUAGAGAAUGGGGAGCCUGAGCCAUCGAUGAUGUUCCAGAAGACCCUCCAGCACAACCUCCGCAACCACGAUUUCGAGAUGGCGCUCAGCGAGCUCCAGCAAUGCGGCACCGAGAUCUCCAAAAUCUCCGAAGACAUCCUCGACACCAUGCGCCGCAGCCAGCGCGACCCCGACGCCCAAGGCAUCCCCGUAAUGCGCUUCCACGACCCUAUGCUCGGAUGCCAGCGCAAGCUAGACGAGGCCUUCCAUAAUGUGAAGCAAUACAUGGCGCAGCAGCAGCGCAUUCUCGACGAUCAUCGCCAGCGCAACCAGAAUGGUGGUCCAGGGCCGGAGUAUGGGAGCGAGGAGGAGCAGUGGGGGGUUGAUAAGGAGCAGGGGUUUUCGGGGCCGGAUCCGAAGAAGAUUAGGAGAGGUCGCGCUGCACCACCAGGACGCUGCCAUAGCUGUAAUCGCGCCGAGACGCCCGAGUGGCGACGCGGUCCAGAUGGCGCGCGUACGCUAUGCAAUGCGUGUGGACUGCACUACGCGAAGUUGACAAGGAGGAACGGGACGAAGCAGACACAAGGCAUGGUAGAAACAUCACUCCGUCCGAAAUCGCUGGAUGGCACGUCGCCGUUGUCAUAAGAGCUUUAAGUGCUUUUGCACACACUCAGGCGCCAGGAAUGCGGACAGGGAGGAGGGUAAUCAAUAUACGGAUUCGAUAGACGGAGCUCCUCAGACUUACGGAAGGAGCGAUGGGGAUUAGAAUUGGCCUGGACCGCCUUGAGCGAUUUAAAUUGGGCUGGGUCCGGCUCACGGCGUAGAUGCCUUGGAGCAUACUACAGCCACACACACAUCAGCGCAUCACAGCGAUGCCAGCCUUGACGGCAACCAGACACACCAACGGGUUGGAUUAGACACUACCGACCAACAUUACUACCACCGACACUGAUACCUCGAUACCAUAUUUUUUGUUUGCAGGAUCCAGGAUUCACACAUGACACUUAUUCUAUUAUUAUUAUCAGCAUUGUUUGUACGCAUCUGUAUAACGCCGUGCACCACAUAUCGUAUCGUUGUGGCGCGACUGUUAUGUCAUAUAUCCGAGGGGGGUUAUUAGAAGGAGGGGGGAAGGGAGGCAUAGAUGGGAUGGGGUGGGAUGGAGAUAUCGGAGUUAUUUUGAGCGGGAUUUACUUUACUCUAAGGGUUG